AUGUGGCUUAUGCUGUCAAUGUCGUAUUGCAUAGUCGCUCUAGUUCUAUCAAAAGAUAUUAGAACACCAAACAGCUACACGUCGAUUUUCAGAGAGGAACAAGUCAUUUUCUCGUCAGUCUUUAACAUAACAAGUAUUCUAGUGCCAGCUGACAGCACCAAGUACAUACCAGCCGACAUUUCCGAUAUUCCAUCUAUUUUCUUUACAAUAUCUGACCCGAGACUAGACGGCGGUAGUUGCAUUUAUGUUCUUGAAGGAUUAGCAGCGUACGAAGUGCUCGAGGGUGGAAGGGAUUCAACAGCUGAUUACGGUUCCAAUAAAACAAUUUAUUUCGGGGCUAAAGACGGCCUCUAUAAAUAUGACGCGGAGAGCUUAUCCGCGAAAAAAUUCGGUCCGUUCAAAGAUGAUAUCCACCAAUUGCAGAAGGGAAACAAUACCGAUGCGAUUUUCAUUCUUAGUUCAGAACGAAAGAUAUAUAAAAUUGAAAAGAAUGGAACAAUUAAAACUCUAAUCCAAUCCAUACUCUGCGCAGUUGAAUUUGUAUUGGAUACAGAUAAUAAUAUCUAUUACAUCUCGUGUGAUGAUCGCAUUCCUCAUAUUGUUAGACAGGAUGGCAGCUAUAUACGCUAUGUAACAACUGCAGGGGAAGAUUUUAAAGAUAUAAAAUUGCUGCGUCCUGCUUUUAUAAUGGAGAAUUGUGUGCCGUUUUUCGCUGACGGUGUGCUAUAUAUCCUUUAUUCCAAUGGAACUAGCGAGAAAAAGGAUUUUUACAUCAGAGAAAGACCUUCGGCGUACAGCGUUGACGCAACAUUGUAUCUUGUAGCUGCCUUGAAUGGUAAAAUUUAUGAAUUCAACGUAAUGGAGGUCUUGCUUAAAUCAAUGUUUGGAGUCGUGUCGCGUUGGCCGAGUGACGUCACUAAGAUCAUCAUGUCGAUCAUAGAAAGCGCUAAGGACAGCGUUUAUAAAGACUGGACAAAUAUUCUAGACCAUUGA